GGGCGGGCGCGCACCCGGCCGAGCGGAUCGCGGCCUCGCGGGACCAGGAGCGGCGCGCGGGCCGGGCGGGCCAGGUUGUGAGCCAUGGCUGUGUGGAUCCAAGCCCAGCAGCUGCAGGGGGACGCCCUGCACCAGAUGCAAGCCUUGUACGGCCAGCACUUCCCCAUUGAGGUGCGCCACUACCUGUCCCAGUGGAUAGAGAGCCAGGCCUGGGACUCAAUAGAUCUUGAUAAUCCACAGGAGAACAUUAAGGCCGCCCAGCUCCUGGAGGGCCUGGUGCAGGAGCUGCAGAAGAAGGCGGAGCACCAGGUGGGGGAGGACGGGUUCCUGCUGAAGAUCAAGCUGGGCCACUACGCCACGCAGCUGCAGAACACCUACGACCGCUGCCCCCUGGAGCUCGUCCGCUGCAUCCGGCACAUCCUGUACAACGAGCAGAGGCUGGUCCGGGAGGCCGCCAGUGGCAGUGCCCCGGCUGGAAGCCUGGCAGACGCCCUGUCCCAGAAGCACCUGCAGAUCAACCAGGCAUUCGAGGAGCUGCGGCUGGGGACACAGGACACGGAGAGCGAGCUGAAGAAGCUGCAGCAGGCCCAGGAGUACUUCAUCAUCCAGUACCAGGAGAGCCUGCGGCUCCAGGCCCAGUUCGCACAGCUGGCCCAGCUGAGCCCCCAGGAGCGGCUGAGCCGGGAGUCAGCCCUGCAGCAGAAACAGGCGACGCUGGAGGCCUGGCUGCAGCGCGAGGCGCAGACGCUGCAGCGCUACCGCGUGGAGCUGGCCGAGAAGCACCAGAAGACGCUGCAGCUGCUGCGCAAGCAACAGACUGUCAUCCUGGACGACGAGCUGAUCCAGUGGAAGCGGCGGCAGCAGCUGGCGGGGAACGGAGGCCCCCCCGAGGGCAGCCUGGACGUGCUGCAGUCCUGGUGUGAGAAGCUGGCCGAGCUCAUCUGGCAGAACCGGCAGCAGAUCCGCAGGGCCGAGCACCUGUGCCAGCAGCUGCCCAUCCCUGGGCCGGUGGAGGAGAUGCUGGCUGACGUCAACGCCACCAUCACGGACAUCAUCUCGGCCCUGGUCACCAGCACCUUCAUCAUCGAGAAGCAGCCCCCGCAGGUGCUGAAGACACAGACCAAGUUCGCGGCCACCGUGCGGCUGCUGGUGGGCGGGAAGCUGAACGUGCACAUGAACCCGCCGCAGGUGAAGGCCACCAUCAUCAGCGAGCAGCAGGCCAAGGCCCUGCUCAAGAACGAGAGCACGCGCAACGAGAGCAGUGGCGAGAUCCUGAACAACUGCUGCGUCAUGGAGUACCACCAGGCCACCGGCACACUCAGCGCCCACUUCCGCAACAUGUCUCUGAAACGGAUCAAGAGGUCGGACCGGCGAGGGGCAGAGUCGGUGACGGAGGAAAAGUUCACCAUCCUGUUCGAGUCACAGUUCAGCAUCGGUGGGAACGAGCUGGUCUUCCAGGUCAAGACCCUGUCGCUCCCGGUGGUGGUGAUCGUCCACGGCAGCCAGGACAACAAUGCCACUGCCACCGUGCUGUGGGACAACGCCUUCGCCGAGCCCGGCCGGGUGCCGUUUGCCGUGCCUGACAAGGUGCUGUGGCCCCAGCUGUGUGAGGCGCUCAACAUGAAGUUCAAGGCCGAGGUGCAGAGCACGCGGGGCCUGACCAAGGAGAACCUGGUGUUCCUGGCACAGAAACUGUUCAACAGCGGCAGCAGCCACCUGGAGGACUACAGCGGCAUGUCCGUGUCCUGGUCACAGUUCAACAGGGAGAACCUGCCAGGACGGAACUACACCUUCUGGCAGUGGUUCGACGGCGUGAUGGAGGUGUUAAAGAAGCACCUCAAACCCCACUGGAAUGACGGCGCCAUCCUGGGCUUCGUGAACAAGCAGCAGGCACACGACCUGCUCAUCAACAAGCCUGACGGGACCUUCCUGCUGCGCUUCAGCGACUCAGAGAUCGGGGGCAUCACCAUCGCCUGGAAGUUUGACUCCCAGGAGAGGAUGUUCUGGAACCUGAUGCCCUUCACCACCCGGGACUUCUCCAUCCGGUCCCUGGCCGACCGCCUGGGGGACCUGAACUACCUGAUCUACGUCUUCCCUGACCGGCCGAAGGACGAGGUGUACUCCAAGUACUACACGCCCGUCCCCUGCGAGCGUGACACCGCUAAAGCCGUGGACGGCUAUGUGAAGCCACAGAUCAAGCAGGUGGUCCCCGAGUUCGCGACUGCGUCUGCAGAUACUGGGGCCAGCGCCACCUACAUGGACCAGGCCCCGUCCCCGGCCGUGUGUCCCCAGGCUCCAUACAGCAUGUACCCGCAGAACCCCGACUCCGUCCUGGACACUGACGGGGACUUCGACCUGGAGGACACGAUGGACGUGGCACGCCGCGUGGAGGAGCUCCUGGGCCGGCCCAUGGACACUCAGUGGAUGCCCCACACGCAGUCGUGACCCGGCCUCCGCCCAGCUCCUCCGUCCUGGCCGAGGGACAGCUCUUGGGGACGCCGCGUCCGCGACCUGCUUCUCCUUGGAAACAAAGCUUAUAAUGUGAAGUGCUGAUCCCAUUGUGACCUUAGUGUUUUUGUGCACGGUGGCACCUGUGCAGGGUGUGUGUGUGCGUGUGUGAGUGUGUUUGCCCUCCGUGGCCUUUCCGCCCCUCGCUCUCCAGAGCCCAGCGCGCAGCAAGAAGGUGCGGGCAGGGUGGCUGUGCUGAGGCCAUCCCGUGGGAGAAGGGCGAGGGUGGGGAGGGCCCUGCCAGGCCGAUGCCCGCAGGCAGGGCCCGGGGAAGGGGCUGUGGGCGGCUUCCACCCGGCCUGGCCCUCGAGUCUCCGCACCCUCCCUCCACCCCGUGCUCUCUGGGGCUGCGGCUCCUGUCCUGUGUGUCCGAGUGUGGGCGACUGAUGGGCUGCAGGUCCGCAGGGGUCUGGGCCCCGCUGUCCCCGCCAGGCUUCCAGAGUGCUUUGUCCCAGUCCCAGCUUUCUGCAGGCUCCAGUGUCUUUUUUGGUUCCCCUUCCCACCUGAAUUGGACACCAGAAUUCUCUACUCCCGCCUCAGGUCCUGGGCCACUCACAUCCAGGUCACCCCCUUUUCCUGCCCUGUCACCUGGCCUUGCUGCAGAGAAGGAGGUGACAGGCGGUGGCCUGAAGCCAGGCAGCUGGGUCACCUCGAAUGCCCAGUGCCGGGCUUGGGAAUGGAGGCCGGCAGGCAUUCGGGGGAGCCCCGGCCUGGUCCUGCCCACUUCUUCUGGGGUCACCCCAGGAGGAAGGCGUGGGCGGCAGGCGAGCAGACAGCUUCCGGGUCGGCCCCUUGGCCCCUCUCCUAGAGAGGGGCAGGACACCCCAGGAGAGGUGGCCCAAAAACCUUAUUUUUAUACAUGUGAGUAAAUAAACAUAUUUUUUUUACAAAAAUAAAUUCUGAAUUUACCAGUGUUUGCUGUUCAAGAAUACUCCUUGCUAGUAAAUUAUUUAUUGGAAGGUGACUUUUUAAGACCUGCUGUUUGCCUUGCCUGGGUUUCACACACUGAUUUAUUUUUCGAUGCCACGGGUGGACUCUGCCUCGGGUACAGGCGGACCCCUGCAUCAUGGCAGAGACCCCGCCCAGGCCCAGGCUCCCCAGCCCUUCCCGCUGGUCUCAGAGAUGCCCACACCCUGCCUCUGACUCGGGGGAACAUGGGCCUUGAGCUGCUCUGGUCCAUGGUGGCACAGCCCCAGGGCCCGCGGGCACCCAGCACCAGGUUUGGGCCGGAAGAUGGCAAAGAGCGCAGCUUGGGCCCCGAGGCCAAGCUCCGGAUCUUCCUGAGGCUGUGCCGGGCUGGGGCGCUCUGGGGCUGAACGCCGCCAGCGCGCUGUCUGCAUCCCGUGUCCCUCUCCACCCACUCCGCCCCUGCAGCCACAGGAGAGGCCACUGCAAGCCCCGGCCCUGUCUCCCACCAGGCGCUGCCCAGGUCCCCGGAAGCGCGGGUUUGUGUAGAGCGCCGUGGGGGACUUCAGUGAACGUCCCUUCCUUGCGAUGAAAGUAUACUUUUUAUAAUUUUUUCUUUUUCAAACUUUAUGAACUUAUUUGAGAUACAUAUUUACCAUUGAGGCAGAUUAGUAUAUAGCCAACAGUGUAUUGUGUACAAUUUGGGGCAGUCACGAAACUGCACAUUUUCUGUUACUUCUAAUAAAGGCUCCCUCUGCAGGGACAAAAUCGG